CAUCGGAGACCAAAAAUUAUGCAUUAUCAAUCAGUUCAGCUUGUGAAACACCUUUGCAAUGAAAUUGUAAAGUUGGAUCAUGAGAAAGCUGCAUCAACGCUUCAAGCGCCGCUAAAUAUUGCGGCAGUUAAGGGGGUUCCUGAAGUUGUGGAAGAGAUUUUUGAUGCAUUUCCCAGUGCGGUUUAUAUUAGAAAUGAGCUAAACCAAGCAGUUUUCCAUGUUGCAAUUGCAAAUCGUCGUGAAAAAGUUUUCAACCUCAUUUACCAAUCUCGGGAACUUGGCCACGCUUUUUUAUCGCCACAAGAUCUAUCAAGGAACAAUGGCCUACAUUUGGCUGGAUGUCUGAAAUCUCAGCCAAAACUCAAUAUCAGAGCUAGUGCAGCUGGUGCAGCUCUACAGAUGCAGCGUGAAUUACAAUGGUUUAAGAAAGCCCAAAGAAAUGCUCAUUGUCGACCCAUCGAAGACACUAAGAGGACAGAACCAAAAGUCAACGGCCGAAGGAGGAGGAGGACAAGGGAGCCCUUGGGCGUCGCCCAUGGCAGCCUUGGGCACCUCCUAAGCUGGCCCCUUGGGCGCCGCCCUUGGCAGCCCCUUGGGUGCCUCCUCUUUGCUCCUCCUCACCUUAGUACUCCAGGUUCAGGUCCAAGACAAGUUCAGGAAGUAGAAAAACUUUCACCACCUCAAGACAAAGAAUGGCUAAAUGUUGAGGGAAAGACACCAUCGGAGUUAUUUACGGAGACACACGAGGAGUUGGUUAAAGAAGGAGAAAAAUGGAUGAAAGACGCGUCCACUUCAUGCACCAUUGUAGCAGCAUUAAUUGUUACUAUAGUGUUUGCAGCUGCCAUUACGGUACCUGGUGGAAACAGUGAUGGAAGUGGCCUUCCCAUUCUCUUGAAAGAAAAAGCCUUUAAAGUUUUUGCCAUAUCAGAUUCACUUGCCCUUUUCUCAUCAAUUUCUUCAAUGUUAAUGUUUUUGUCUAUCCUCACAUCGCGCUAUGCAGAAGAUGAUUUUCUCUAUGUACUACCCAAGAGAUUAAUUAUUGGUCUAGUGACCCUAUUCCUCGCCACAAUAUUUAUGAUGGUAGCCUUUGGAGCGACACUUUAUUUUCUUUUUGGACAUGAAGAAGCGUGGAUUCUGAUUCCUGUGGCUACAUUGGCAUGUCUACCUGUGUCCUUGUUUGCGUCCUUGCAAUUUCCCCUCCUGUUAGAUAUGUUCAAUUCCACCUAUGGCUCUGGCAUUUUUGGUAAGCAAGGUGAUCGUAUCCUCCACUAAGUUGACAAGGUAUGGUGAAACUUUAUACAAUUAUGUUUACCAACUAUGUAUCAUGAGGGAAUGAUAUUACAUUUUUCUUUUGGAGAAUAUAUUCCUUUUCAGCGCUUGUACAAUCCUUGUGGACUAUUAAAAAUGUAUAAUUUGUAAUUCGUGUUGUGGCAAUUGUUAGUACUUGACUGUUGGC